AUGGAUCAUUUUGCAUGGAAAAGAGGGUUCCAUGUUGCAUGCACUCUUAGUUUCUUCAUUGCCCUGUCUUAUCCAAUUACCCAGGGAGCUGAUAUAUUGGUUGUCCCUGUUGAUGGAAGUCAUUGGGUCAAUAUGAGAAUUCUAAUAGAAGAGCUGAAACGUUAUGGGCACAAUAUCACUGUGCUUUAUUCUUCAGGAUCUAUGUACAUCAAAGAGCAGCCUGAUCUAUAUCAAACCAUCGCAGUUGAAGUGCAAGGAUUCGUUGACAGAAAUAUGAGCAAAGACAUUCUGCAAAAUUUAGUUCAAAACACACUAGAAACCUUAAAAUUUGAUUGGACACUAUGGAGAUCUGUUAAGUUCCAGUAUGAAAUGAUGUCUUUUGUUCAUGCCUUUCACUCUUGGGCACUACAGCUAAAUUUUGCAAUUUAUGAAAGCAAGGAUUUGUUGAAACAACUUGAAAAUGCACAUUUUGACUUAAUAUUGACUGAUCCUGCUUUACCUACAGGUCCAAUGCUUGCUUAUUAUUUAAAACUUCCCCUGGUAUAUAAUGUUCGAUGGCUCAGCAUUGGAGAAGCUCAUUGUCUCUUAGCCCCAUCACCACUGUCCUAUAUCCCAACCCUUGGUUCCAGAUUGACAGAUAAAAUGAGUUUACUCCAAAGGACAAAAAACAUCAUCUUUUAUCUGUUUCAACUCUCCAAUUUUAAAUUUCUAAUUGAGCCUAUGUACAAUGAUUUCUGCCAUCGCUAUCUGGGCCCAGACACAGACAUUGAGACUGUUCUCCUAAGGGCCGAUGUGUUGCUGAUGAGAGUAGAUUUUAUAUUUGAAUUCCCGAGACCCACCAUGCCCAAUAUUGUUUAUAUUGGUGGAUUCCAGUGUAAACCACCCAAACCUCUAGAGGCAGAGUUUGAAGAAUUUGUCCAGUCCUCAGGAGAACAUGGGAUUAUUGUCAUGUCAAUGGGGACUGUUAUCAACUCUUUGCCAAUGCAUAUUGCAAUGCAAAUAGCAGAGGCCUUUGCUCAAGUGCCUCAGAAGGUUAUCUGGAAACAUAAUGGAAAGACCCCUCCCAACAUUGGAAAUAAUACACUACUGGCAAAGUGGAUCCCUCAGAAUGAUCUACUAGGACACCCCAAAACACGAGCCUUCGUUGCUCAUGGUGGCACCAAUGGAGUUUAUGAAGCCAUCUAUCAUGGGGUGCCAGUAGUUGGCAUACCUCUGCUUUUUGACCAGUUUGAUAAUUUACUCAGACUUGAAACCCGAGGUGCAGCAAAAGUGAUGAACAUUGCAAACAUGCAGUCAACAGAUCUACUGCAGGCACUUAAUGAGGUUAUAUAUAACACAUCUUAUCGGGAGAACAUACAGAAACUCUCCGCUCUCCACAGAGACCAACCCGAGUCUCCAAUGGAGAGAGCUAUUUUCUGGAUUGAGUAUGUUGCCCGACACAAAGGGGCAGCACAUUUACGCUCAACAUCUUACCGACUCCCCUGGUACGUUUACUAUUGUGUAGAUGUGAUGAUCUUCCUGUUGGUUGUGCUACUGAUGCUUACAAUCCUGACAGUUGUACUGAUGAAGAAAUGUUGUAACAUUGUCUCAAAAAUAAAGCUAAAAACACAGUAA